AUGAUAUUGGUGGGGCGUAGUAAACCGAUUUUUAUUAUCACGAUUACUUUCCUAUGUAUAUCGUUUAUCGUAGUCGUAUUACGAUGCUUUGUUCGAUUAAGGCUCGUGAAAGCCUUUAGAUGGGAUGACGGUUCUAUGAUGUUUGCAAUAGCAUUGAAUAUAUGGUUUGCGAUAUGCGGAAUAGCCGGGUCCGUAUAUGGAUUCGGUAAAAAAAUUGAUGAGUUCGACUGCUCCGCCGAAAUCGAAACAGCACUCUUUUCUCUUGCUAGUGAUAACCGCCUUAAUUAUAGUGGUGGUGGCUUGCUUAGCCAGCCUACCUCUAGGUAUUUGUCCUUAUGUUAUAAUGCCAGCCCGUCAGAGAAUUUUGGCAACGAACCGGGCAAGGACACUACAUCAAUAUAG